AUGGAAAUUGAGUCUAUAUCCGAAUGGAUACGAAAAGGAAAAUGGGAAAGGGCAUAUCUCUCUCUACUUGGCAAUAUCAGAGACAGAUACAUGACCUCUUGGUUGGGAGAUGCUGAUGGGAGACUAAGACAUUUCCACAGGUUUAAGACGGAGUUCGGUUUUGCCAAAUUACUUUCCAUUGACACUUUCAAAGAUGCUUCUAACGGAUACCUUAUUGAUGACUCCUGUGUGUUUGGAGCUGAGGUUUAUGUCAUUAAAUCUACUGGCAGAGGAGAGUGUCUUUCUUUGAAGGAGGAAACUUAUGACAAUAGUUACUCUUGGGAGAUCAAAAAAAUUGCAGAAAUAAAAGAGGAGCGUUUGUUCUCUGAACCUUUCACCAUUGGAGAGCACAAAUGGUUUAAGCCCUUUGAGAAGAUACAUGUUUAUCCCAAAGGACAAGGCAGUGGACAGGGCAAAAGCUUAUCUGUCUUUCUAUGUUUAGAUAAUUGCAGAUCCCUUCCAACCAAGGUAAAAUUGUAUGUGGAAUUUAGCGUCUUGGUAAAAGAUCAAGUCAACGGCAAACACCGCGAAAGGAAAGGUGAUGGUUGGUUCUGUGACCUAAGCAAAAGCAGGGGUUUCGAUCUAAUUUCUCUUCCUGAUCUGCAUGACAAAUCAAAGGGCUUCGUAGUACGAGAUAGUCUGGUUGUUGAAGUACAAAUUCACGUGAUGUCUGAUGUGGAAGAGUUCUCCUCCAAAAAGCCUCUGCUUGCUUUAUGA